UGAGGCCGAUUUUGUGAAUAGGAAAUCCUUUCACAGCAUUAAUGUUCAGGUGAACAUAACUUUUUGAUAUUGUCCAUUGACGAACACUCUGCAUUGCCAGUGAUGUGCAUUGAUUGGUGUAAUAUUCCUCAUCUUAUGAUUUCAGAUGGUCUGCAAUGCUGACUGUGUGAUCAGCAAUGUUGUGGCAAAAUGGCCUGGCUCAGUCCAUGACUCCAGAAUCUUUCGGGCCUCUGAAAUCUAUCAGUGCCUAUCACAAGGUGAAUUCUCUGGUGUGUUGCUGGGAGACAGGGGGUAUGGCUGCCAGCCUUUUCUCCUGACACCUUUCACAGACCCCCAGGAAGCACAGCAGGCCUACAACCAUGCCCAUGCCAGGACCAGGGCUAGAGUUGAAAUGACCUUUGGCCUCCUGAAGGCACGCUUUCACUGCCUUCACAAAUUAAGGGUCAGCCCUGUUAGGGCAUGUGAUAUUACUGUGGCUUGUGCUGUCCUCCACAAUGUGGCCUGCCUGAGGAAGGAGAGGGCCCCCAGAGUGCCACCAGCCAUGGACUGGGACAAUCCGGCAAUCUUCCCUGAUGACGACAGUGGUCGGCUGCUGAGGGACCAAUAUGUGUUGAAUUAUUUUAGUUAG